AUGGCUGCCAACAAGGUGCAAAAGUCUAAGCCUGCUACCAAGCACUCGGCCACGGCAAAACCGACUUUGAACAUGAAACUGUUUCUUCUGGUGUGGGAACACCUCGAAGUCCACGGUGGCCCCGCCAAUCACCGUGAAGUGGCGGACCGAAUGGGAAUUCCGUUGAGCACCGCGAAGGCUCGAUUCCGAAAAGUGCGCGAUCUGGUCGAGCAUGUCGAGGAUUACGGCGAAGGAGACGUGGGUACCGAGCAGUCUGACGUUGCCGAAUUCGGUAAUUCAGUCAACAAGAAGACCGUGAGGCGAACUCCAAAGAAGUCCACAGCCCCGAAAACUGAGAACAAGGGCGAUACCGAGGAUGCUUACGAUUCCAAAGCUGAAGGGUCGUAA